AGCGGCGAGGACGCGUUGCGUCGCUCCAGUUCGUCCUCAGUGCAGGGCAACGAGGAGGUGUCCGUCCCUCCCUUCCCCCUGCCCGGCCGGCACAGCGAGAGGCGAGCGCCCGGUAACCUACCACCCCGCCACCAGCGCCGACGUCGGGUUAAGGACUACAAUGGAGGCUGUUGUUCGUCGUUGCCCAUUCCUUUCACGUGUAUCUCAGACUUUUCUUCAAAAAGCUGGCAAGUCACUGAUCUAUUAUGCACAGCAUUGCCCUGUUAUGAUGAUGAAGGCAGGAGCCAAGCCUGAAGUGCGUACUGUAGCAACCUCUGCUGCUCACUGUCAACAGACCAAAGAAACCACACCAGUGAAUGAGAGUAACUCCAAGUGCCCCAGGAUCCCGCUUCCUCCAGGGCACCCAGUCCCCAGUGCUGGACAGGCUACUGCUUCUAAAUGUCCAUUCCUUGCUGCUGAGAUGAGCCAUGGCAAGAGUACUGUUGUUCGCAAAGCCAGUGUGGAACUUUCCGAGGAUGUGCAACAGAUGCACACAAUGAGAAAAGAGUUAUCUGUUAAUCCAACAGCUGACAGCUUCAAAAAGGCAGAUGGAUGUGAUAAAGAUGGCCUGUUGAAAAAUCUGCAUGGGGUGGUGAAGCAAAAGCCUUCCGUUUCUCAUCUCAUUCAGGACAAUAUGCCAAAAUCAGUUCCAGCUUUCAAAUAUGAUGGAUUUUUUGAAAAGAAGAUUGAUGAAAAGAAAACAGAUCACACUUACCGUGUUUUCAAAACUGUGAAUCGUCGUGCUGAUGUAUUUCCCAUGGCAGAUGACUACUCGGAUUCUGUGAGUGUCAAGAAAGAGGUUUUUGUUUGGUGCAGCAAUGAUUACCUUGGAAUGAGCCGCCAUUCACGUGUUGUAGGGUCUAUAAUGGAUACCCUUCGGUGCCAUGGUGCUGGAGCUGGUGGAACCAGAAACAUUUCUGGAACAAGCAAGUUUCAUGUUGAUUUGGAAGCUGAAUUAGCUGAUCUCCAUGGCAAAGAUGCAGCACUGCUGUUUUCAUCAUGCUUUGUAGCAAAUGAUUCUACCCUCUUUACGUUGGCCAAAAUGCUCCCAGGAUGUGAAAUCUACUCUGAUGCCGGAAACCAUGCCUCCAUGAUUCAAGGAAUCCGGAACAGUAGAGCUCCAAAGUUUAUAUUCGUCACAAUGAUGUUAAACCAUCUGCGGGAACUGUUGAAGAAGUCAAAACCCAGCCACCCCAAAAAUUGUAGCUUUUGAAACAGUCAUUCAAUGGAUGGUGCAGUCUGUCCUUUGGAGGAGAUGUGUGAUGUAGCACAUGAAUAUGGUGCAAUAACUUUUGUUGAUGAAGUCCAUGCUGUUGGCCUGUAUGGUUCUCAUGGUGGAGGGAUAGGAGAUCAGGAUGGAAUCAUGCAUAAAUGGAUUAUAAUAUCUGGAACACUAGGAAAAGCGUUUGGUUGUGUUGGAGGCUAUAUUGCCAGCACUGCAUCCCUUGUAGACACUGUCCGGUCAUAUGCUGCUGGCUUCAUCUUCACUACCUCACUUCCGCCAAUGUUACUCUCUGGUGCUUUGCAGUCUGUCCAAAUCUUGAAAAGCGAAGAAGGAAGAGCACUGCGCCGCAGGCACCAACGCAAUGUAAAACACAUGCGUCAGUUACUUCUGGAUGCUGGUUUCCCUGUGGUUCACUGUCCCAGUCAUAUCAUCCCAGUCAGAGUUGCAGAUGCUGCUAAAAACACUCAGAUCUGUGAUGAACUGCUAACUAAGUAUAACAUUUAUGUCCAAGCGAUCAACUACCCCACAGUAGCACGUGGUGAGGAGCUCUUGCGUAUUGCCCCAACCCCUCAUCACACCCCUCAGAUGAUGAAUUAUUUUGUUGAGAAACUGCUGGUUACAUGGAAGGAGGUUGGAUUGGAGUUGAAGUCCCAUUCCUCAGCUGAAUGUAACUUCUGCAGAAGACCUCUACACUUUGAGGUGAUGAGUGAGAGGGAAAGAUCCUACUUCAAUGGAAUGAGUAACCUGAUAUCUGUGAAUGCCUAGUAUCUGGAUCUGUCUCUCUCUGGACUGUCCUUGUAUUAGAAUUUAAUGUCAAACCAUAUAUUGUAUGUUUUUAUAGAAACUAACUACAUAUUUAAUAUUUCCAUAGUACACAAAAAUCUAAAUAAAAAAAUAGAACACCAA